CCUGUCGUCCGUCAGUGGAGCUCAGUCAGUAGACAGUCGGUCCGCCCUGUCAGCUGGUCUUGUCCAAUCGCGCGUUAACGUAGCUGCCGGAUGGUAAACCGAGCGCGGCAGACACCAUAAACAGUCGGUCAAUCGGAGAGCCCUCGAUCGUAGUUUAUAAGGGAUCGAGUAGGUAUAAAAAAAGAGAAAGGGCAAAGUUAGUAAGGCGGCCCGCGCGCCGCAUGUGCGCGAGUGUGCAGCUUCUCCACCGGAAACACCAACGACACGGUGCGAGGGAUCGGUGUACGCGAGGAAAACGAAAACGAAGGAGAGGCAGAAGGAGGAGGAGGAGGAGAAGGAAGUGAACGAAAAAGAAAAAGAGUCUCGCUUUCGUAAAUAGAAAUAAGAAAUAAAAGGGAGAAAAAAAUAAGAGAAGCGAAAGAAAGGACGGAAGGAAGGAAGGAAGGAAGGAAGGAAGAAAAGAAACAAGGAAGGAAGGAAGGAAGGAAGAAAGGAAGGAAGAAAGAAAGAAAGGAAAGAAAGAAGGAAGGAAGGAAGGAAGGAAGAGAAGAGUUCGACCGGUCAGGCAGGAAAUGACUAUAUCGUACGCGAGCGAAGUGCCAAACGGCUCCAGCUUUGGCUGUUUCUGGAGGAUCCUGGUCAAAUGGCGGGGUUCGGUUUACAAACUAAUCUGGCGGGAAUUACUGGCCUACCUCUUCGUUUACUACCUCAUCAAUUUUACAUAUCGAUAUGCGCUCAACGAGCAGCAACGUGCAAUCUUCGAAAAGAUACGCUAUUAUUUCGGGAACUCGAGCGAGUCGAUUCCGAUGUCGUUCGUCCUGGGAUUCUACGUGAGUCUCGUAGUGAAGAGAUGGUGGGAGCAGUACAAGCUUUUACCGUGGCCGGACAAUCUGGCCCUCUUCAUCAGCGCCGCCAUUCCUGGAAACGACGAGAGAGGACGACUGAUGAGGCGGAAUAUCGUGAGGUAUGCCGUUUUGGCCUAUGUUAUCACCCUUCAGAGGAUCUCGCUGAGGGUUAAGAGACGUUUCCCAACUCUUCAACACAUCGUCGAUGUUGGUCUAAUGAUGGAGUCGGAGAAAAAAAUCUUUGAAAUGAUGAAUAAAAAAGCGGCUAUGUCGAAGUAUUGGAUGCCGCUCGUCUGGGCAACUAACAUCAUCAAUAGGGCAAGGAAAGAAGCUUUGAUCACCAGUGACCAAGUAGUGCAAACCCUUCUUGUCGAACUCAGCGACAUCCGGAAGAGGCUUGGCGCACUGAUCGGUUACGACACUGUUUGCGUUCCUCUCGUUUACACUCAGGUAGUUACGCUGUCGCUUUACGCGUACUUCUUCUCGGCUCUACUCGGUAGACAGUUUAUCGAACGCACUGAAGGGGGUGGUGGGAAAUACGAGGAACCGGACAUGUAUUUUCCUUUUUUCACGGCUCUGCAGUUCUGCUUUUAUGUUGGAUGGUUGAAAGUAGCCGAAGUUCUUAUCAAUCCUUUCGGCGAGGACGACGAUGACAUCGAGUUAAAUUGGCUAAUAGAUAGACACAUUAAAGCUGGUUACAUGAUCGUCGACGAGAUGCACGAAGAGCAUCCUGAACUAUUAAAAGAUCAAUAUUGGGACGAAGUGGUUCCUCGAGAUCUUCCAUAUACAGUAGCGAGCGAGCAAUAUCGACGAGAAGAACCAAAGGGUUCAGCGGAACAUUAUAAAGUAAAGGGCAGCGAUGCUCUCUACGCUAACGUGAUGAUGGGAACACAAAUCCAUAGUCACGUGCAGCAUCGCAAGGUCCAUCAGGAUGACAUGUAUGCAGAUUAUGAAAGCGUAGACACACCAUUAGUGGAGCGAAGAAAGAAUUGGCUUCAACGACAAAUCACGCGAAUGGGUUCUGUACGUAGUUCAUCGACUACGUAUAGUAGUGGAGGAGGUUUCUUUGCACGAAAUCGUCAUAACAGCGUGUACAGUAGUCCUGAAACAGGAGGCUUGCCAACGACAGCUAAUCCGAAUUUGAAAAUGUCACUAUACGACCGUCUCGUAGGUCGUAAAAGUAUCCGUAGUCAACGAAUGGGCAGGCAAGGUACGAUGACGAAGUUGAACUCGGUGCCAGUAUCCUUGAAGAAUAGGCCACGCAUACCGACCCCGGACGUGACAAAGGAGGUGGUUGAUCGUGAGCAGAGAUUGGCGUUGUCGGCGAGCAACACGGCGAACAUCGGUGCGGGCGUUGUUGGCGUGAUACCGGCGAACGGUCAUUAUACUACUGACUUACCGGUGGUCCAGGUGGUCCUUUCGCCGAUUCAGGAGACCGAAGGAACGCCAGCAAACGCGAAAUCGGGAGCAGCUGCUUUGGCACAAGCGGUAUUGUCACCGACAUUGACUAGCGCCGGUUUGGUAGCACCUGUUACCCUAACGCCAGUAACUAUGAGCCAGCUGACGCAGUUAGGCCUGGUCACGACUACGUCAGCUUCUUCGUACAGACCUACAAACAUACAGAGCAACAACACGAUUCAGGCUACCUUGACAGAGGUCAACACUAGCGAGGAGGAAGGUUCAGGAAGCGGAAGUUCCAGUAGUAGAAGCGAAAGUAUCACUGGUCAAGAAGAAAGAAGUACUCCAUUAAUCGGCGAUAAUACUAGUCCCGUAAUUAGCAACGGAAGUUCACCUACCUUCGAUAGUUACAACGAUCGUUCUCCGAUUCUGAUGAACCCAGAGAAAUUAGGAUAUGUCGUAGCUUUACCAACUACACAAGAGAGCCAUCUGCAAACCGCGAUAGAACCACGUGGCAGAAGAUCAGCUUCUUUACCUGGACCACCCGUUAUCCAGUUAAAGGAAGAUAGAAGCAUGUCCUUGCCUCAUUCUCCCGGUCUCCAACCGAGAGAAACCCGAGCAGCUUCCGUUUCAAGUAGACACGAUAAUCCUAACUUAGACAGACUUGCUAUAAUUUCUCCAAAUCAUGAUUUACGACCUAGGACCAAUAGUUUUGGUCAUGAACUCAUGAGGAACAAUCAGCCGCGUAAUCAGGAGACUUCGAGGAAGAUAAGCAGCGCUUCUUGUAACAACGCUGCGGUUUCAACGGCAUCGAUUGUACCAACGCAGACGACAGGUUCUCCUAGCAAAAGGGGCGAGGUCUAUGUUUGACCGAAAUUUUUUGUUAUCAGGGUCUUUCGUCUUUCCUCUUUAGCGUCCUCGUGACUACCCCGCUUUCGCGAAUUAGAGAUCGUACGAGAAGAUGCAAGAUAUUUUAUAUCUUGAUCUUCUUUCCCAUCCGUCCACUAUUGUGAUGCCUUUUUUUUUGCUUUUUUUCUUGUACAUAGUAUGACGUGGCAGGAGUCAAACCAUCGAAACUAUUUCAUGGACAAAAGCGUCGAUCGCGAGACUGCUUUUUACGGAUUCUUUUUUUAUUAUCAUUACUUUUUUCUCUUUUUUUUCUUGUUUUCUUUUUAAUCUUUUUUUUUUUCUUAGUCAUCAAAUAUGGUUUUUUAAGAAAUUUCACUUUCAUUCACACGUGGUCUCGCAGAUGACGCCUUGAUUUUGAAAAUGACUUUGAAGAUCAAGUCGAUAUCCUGUAAAUACUAUCUAUUUGUGCAUAUAAACUCUAGAAACAUUCAACGGCAUAGUUUAAAAUCGAACGAGAACUUUUAUAAUAUAAAUAAAAAUGAAAAAACACGUUGUUACGUGUGUGCGUGCGUGUAUGUGUAUAUCGCUGAAUCGUUACUAAAGUGCAAUCUCUCGUAUGAAUAUAAUCGUGUUUAAAAUAGAGCGAAAUAAAUUUCGUCUUCGGACUCGAUGGAAUGUACGAUGGUGUAUAUUUUUUUAUCACACGUGCAAUAUUGCAGUAGCGUUAAUAUAGAACGCAUUCUUAUCUUUGCCGUCUGAUGUAUAAAUCACCGAAAAAACGAACGCGCAGUAGUUGUUUGGAAAUGGAUUAUUUUAAUUUUUUGUUAAAAUAAUUAAUGCAGACAAUGAAGUAUAGAUAAGAAAGGGUGUUUACUCUAAUUUUUAAUGAGUUUUUAUCAGUUAAAUUAUAGGCUAAAUCAUCGAUUGGAAUGAACCGUAAAAGUGUGAAUAUCAGUACGUUACAGUAUAGAAGUCAUCAUCUUCUAUGGUAUAUAAAUAAAUAAAUAAAUAAAUAAAUAAAUAAAUAAGUAUAUAUACAUAUAUAUAUGUAUGUGUAUAUAUAUAUAAAAUUUUCGUACUUCGUCAUGUGUGAUAUGAAGUUUUAUACAUAUUUAUAUUAUACGAUUUAUGAUGGGAUUGUAUCUAAGAGUAUGUAACGAUAUUCUACUGUUUACAGGCUAUUAACAUAUGCAAAACUUUAUGUAUGCCAUUGUAAAUAGGUAUGCGUUUUUCCAACCGAAGAAACGUCUUUUUCACGAUAAGAAGACAAUUGCCAUAUUUAUUCAAUGACGGUCGGCUCGAACGUUUCGUAUACGUGAUACUAGAACAAUGAAUUUCUAUGCACUUCUUCGCGUAUGAUUAUACACGAAUGAUUUUGCCAUAUCGAAAUAUUGUAUAAAGCUGUUACAUAGUUGUCGAUGUUUUUUAGAUUCAUUCAUUCUAGAAAUCUGUAUAUGGUUUGUUGAAUGGCAAAUUUGUUUUUUCAACUAAUAGAUAGAUAGAAAGAUCGAAAUCUACAAAAUCUUUACGAGUACUCCAAAAAUGAAAUAUAAGAUAUAGAAGAUGACAAAUGAUCCAACAUAAUAUAUAUAUACAACACACUUGUUUACAGCUUAAAUAGUUGUCUUUUAGUUUCACAAUGUAUUAGAAAAGAGCGGCGAGUCAAAAUCUAAACGGACAAAAUCUUCGAUCGCUGAUACAAUGAAAUAUAACGAAAUCGGAUAAACGAGCAUAAAUUUGUCCUACGACGAACGUACUUACGUGUACAUAGGUAACUGAUUAAGUUAAUAUCGUUUUACGUGUCGAUCGAUGUUCUCGAUAUUAGCGAAGUAAGAAACUUUAUUGUAUAUGCGUGUGUGUGUGCGUGCGCGCUCGGGUGUGUGUAUUUGUUGCAAGUAACGAUGGUAGAUGCUGUUAUUGUUGCUGUACAACUUGUGAGACAUUUAGAUAAUUAAAGAUAAUCGAAUGGGGUAAAUUAAUUACAUGAUCAUGCUUUUAUACAUGCAAGAUCAAACGUUGAGAAUUUUGUAAAUAUUACGUCCAAUUCGUCGAUUGGCUCGAUAAUCCGUAAAAGCAGAAGAGGAAGAAAAGAUAUUUUCGUUACAUAUAUCGAACGAACAAUGCGAUCGACGAUUAAAUAAAUGUUUUUUUUUUAACGACGCGACAAUGUUUUACUGUGUUUCACGAACGAUUCGUCGCAAAGCCGAAUGUUUUACACGUACGAAGACUCUGAUGGCGAGAUUGAAUAUUUCGCGUUGUAAAUAUUUAUCUUGCAGUAUUUCUUUAUAUAUAGGUAUAUAUACAUAUAUAUACAUAUAUGUAUAUAUAUGUGUAUAUAUAUGUACAUAUAUAUAUGUAUAUAUAAAAAGGGUUUAUUUAUACAUAUAUAUAUAUAUAUUUGUGUGUGUGUGUGCGUGUGUCUAUAUAUAUAUAUAUAUACACACACAUAUAUAUAUAUACACACAUAUAUAUAUGUAUAAACAAACCCUUUUUGUAUUAUCGCACAUGCCUAAUUAUUGUCUCAAAGAACAAGGAAGGAAAGAAAGUGCGGUUGUUUGUUUCGGAAAAUAUCAGCUAGUACGCGAUCAUGUUCGUGCGAUAUAAUGAGUUAGUAGAGAUGUUUCAUAUUAUAUUUUCCUUAUUAUAUUAUAUGUAAUCAAGAAUAAAAUAAAUUUUUUUAAAGUA